AUACUUGGGUGGGAAACGCAUGUGCGCUCAAACUCCGCUUCUGGGUUCAGCACAGACUCCUGCAGCUGGACAGCAUUUAGCAAAACCUUGACUUACGGGAAGAGAGGGCGAGGAGGCUUGAGAACGGCCGGGAGGGGUUGUGUGCUUGCUGGCCACAGCCCUCAGCGGGUGCUUCACCCCAACACCUAUCCUUCCUCUCGCACCCCCACCUGUAUGACACCCGGCUGAUGAGGCCCCGCAGAGAAAGCUUAUCUGCUUGGAUCCCUCACUCGGUUCCUGGUGGCCUCGGGGGCCUGGAAAGCCCGUGUCCGGCCCAUCAGACCCCCGGCGGCCCUUCAACCUGCCCCGGAGACCACCUUCGAGGACUGUCCCCAGCUUUAAGCUCAUCUCCCAGUCCUGGGACAUCUCAGAAGGUCCAGGAGUUAGAGGAUCCACCUUUCCCAAAAAGUUCCUUCCCUUGAUAAGGCUACCAAAUUCAGAGGAACAUUCAAUGCACGAGGCAUCCACUAAGCGCUCAGAGUUCAAGCAAGGGCCGCUGGCCUGGGAUCAGGAAAGACACUUGUGUGCCCUGUCGGCACGUCUGGGAACCGGACAAUUAAAAGGCCACCGUCAUUACCAGUCCCACAGGGCAAUUUGGAAUGAAGGUCUAGGAUACAAUACUUGUAUUCCUACAAGUAUUCCUGGGGCAUUGGCUCUGUGCCAGGCCCCUCCCUCUGUUGAACACUGGUCCACAGAGCUGAAGGAGACACCGGUCCUCGCUCAGGAACUCCCAGUCUCGGGCAGGACAGACAGGCUGGCCGAGUGUGAGCCCCCACUGCAGCCGUGCCACAGGCCAGCUGUGCGGCCUUGAGCAAGUUACUUGCCUUCUCCGAGUACAUCUACUUGUCCAUAGGGAUCGUUAUCCUUUUACGUGCCGGCUCCCGUUUAUUGAGCAUGAACCACAGGCCUACCAUAUUAGACUGUCUGCUUACUUAUUUCAUUUUCCAUGUAACUCGUAUUUUUGUUCAUUUUUAAAAUGUCAAGGGAAUUAAAUGAAAAUCCCCCCCCUCCACACACACACAGGUAAUAUGUGUUUAGCAAUGAGCCCGAGAACUGAGUAAAAAUUCAGUAAAGGCUUGUUUACUCUCCCCUUUGCCCUCUCCCCCCAGAAAAUCUGAAAAGAAAAUACCUGUUAUUUCAGGGGAAAAAAAAUAAAAAGAACUUUACAGAUGGGAUAUCCACAACGCCUAGGGUGGGAGUGAGCAGCACAACAGUUCACGGGAGACCCGGAUGGUUGCAGAGGUCCAAAGUGCUUCUGUUUCCUCACCACAUGCAUUUAUUUGAGUGCCUGCUGUAUGCAACACACUGUGCCGGGCACAAUCCUCAGAAUGACGCUGUGGGCAGACGUGAGAAUGAGUCCCAGUCUUGCAGAUGAGGGAUGUCAGACUCAGAGGUUCCAAGUUCAUUCGAGGUCACUUGGCCAGAGGGCAGACGCCGUCGCCAUGCCCACCCACUCCCCCAAAUCAACUUUGGAAUACUUUGAGUACGAUGAGUCGGCCGAAGCCUGUGAUAUGGGGGACGUUGUGGCCUUCGGGACCGUCUUCCUGUCCAUAUUUUACUCCCUUGUUUUUGCCUUUGGCCUGGUGGGAAAUCUGCUGGUAGUGUUUGCCCUCACCAACAGCCGGAAACCCAAGAGUAUCACGGACAUUUACCUCCUGAACCUGGCCUUGUCGGAUCUGCUCUUUGUAGCCACGUUGCCUUUCUGGACUCACUACCUGAUGAGCGAGCAAGGCCUUCACAACGCCGUGUGCAAACUGUCUACCACCUUCUUCUUCAUCGGCUUUUUUGGAGGCAUAUUCUUCAUCACUAUCAUCAGCAUCGACAGGUACCGGGCCAUCGUCCUGGCCGCCAACUCCAUGAACACCCGGACCGUGCAGCAUGGCGUCACCAUCAGCCUGGGCGUCUGGGCGGCAGCCAUCUUGGUGGCAGCACCUCAGUUCAUGUUCACAAAACAAAAAGAAAACGAGUGCCUUGGUGACUACCCUGAGGUCCUGCAGGACCUCUGGCCCGUUCUCCGCAACGUGGAGGCAAAUUUGCUUGGUUUCCUACUCCCCCUGCUCGUUUUGAGCUACUGUUACUUCAGAAUCAUGCGGACACUGUUUUCCUGCAAGAACCACAAGAAAGCCAAAGCCAUUAAGCUGAUCUUCCUGGUGAUCGUCGUGUUUUUUCUCUUCUGGACACCCUACAACAUCAUGAUUUUUUUAGAGACGCUUAAUCUCUAUGACUUCUUUCCCAAUUGUGACAUGAAGAAGGAUCUGAGGUUGGCCCUCAGUGUGACUGAGACAAUUGCAUUCACCCACUGUUGCCUCAACCCCUUUAUCUAUGCGUUUGCUGGAGAGAAGUUCAGAAGAUACCUUUACCACCUGUAUAGAAAAUGCCUGGCCGUCCUGUGUGGUCAUCCUGUCCACGUCGGUUUCUCCCCGUCUGAAUCACAAACGAGCAAGCGGGAAAGCAUUCUGAGCAGUAAUUUUACUCACCACACCAGUGAUGGGGAUGCGUCCAUCCUUCUCUGAGGGGAUCCCCAAAGCCUUGCCCCUCUAGAGAGCCCGGAGUUCCCAAGCCUGCCACUGAAUAAUGAAGACAGAUUUUUUUGUUUGUUUCUUACAUGCAAGACAUGACGGACCGAAUCCUCCAAAACAACCCUGAAGCGUUUCUGAGCAUCGUGCCCAAAAUUUGAGGGAUAAGGGGUAGGCACGUCUCUAACUGCAAAUGUCAGAGCUUUCUGUUCACAAAGGACAAAAAUUCAACUCGCUGUAGCUUAGCUAAAGGGGAGGCGGGGAGGAUUAUUCACAUGGUAGCGUGAGCAAGAGAGUGGCUGAGCCCUCAGAGUAUGCAGAAACUAGGGCUUGAGUCCAGCUAGAAUUUUCCUCUCUAGGGCUCUCAAAUCUCUGAGUGGUGACAGAGCUCCCAGACACAGCUUCGCCAACAGAGUGGGACUGAGAACCACUCCUCUCUGGUCCCAAGGUUAAAAUUCCCAGGGAAGGGCUCUCAUUGGCCGAGUUUGAAUCAGAUGCCCCUCCCUGGACCAGGUUGUGGUAUUCACGCGGGGGAGAAUAGAUAUGAUGGAGGCGUCCAUUCCAAUCUCAUGGUUAGAGGUGCAGGAAGAAAUAUGUCCAAGAAGCUGGGGGCCGGGGGGGGGGGGGGGCGGUACUAUUUUGACCCAAUGGAACAAGAGCUGCCCACCUACCUUCCCAUGUAUCUGGCCCAGCCUCCUCACUGAUCACACCAGCCAGCACGCACUGCCAGCCUGCUCUUCCUUAAACCCUUCUCUAUCAUGCCUCCAGACCCGCGAAGGCACUCCAGUGUCCCCUGCAUCCAGUCCGAGACCCUCCAUCAUGUGGUCCCACCAACAGGUUCUCCAUUUCAUCCCCUUCCCCAAAGAAUCCAGCCUCUCGGCCAACCGGAUCUCUUCCAUCACGCAUCAUCACCUGCUCCUGGGUGCAGGGAGAUGAAGAGAAGGCACCCUGACCCAAACUGACAAGGGAUGGUUUCCAAUCCCACCUUUGUCACUUGCCAGCUGGGUAGCUCGGGGCCAGCCCAGCUUCAGCUUCCUUAUCUGUACAAUGGAAACCAUGGUACUUUUCACAUAGCGAGCCUCCUUCCCGGCAUGAGAAACCAGCCACCAGCCCUUGCAGGUGCCACACCUCUUCUCUGGUUUCCAGACCUCGGCUUUCCCCCUACCUGGUGCAGCGCUUACACGGCAAACCUGCCUUGACUAUCCCUUUCCGGUUGCCUCACGGCAAACCCCUGCCCAUCCGGAGAGAACCCCCAUCCUUCAUUCCAACUUGGAGAGCCAAGAUCACAGACACUUUCACGUGUUUAGAGCUGAAAGCAUCACGUGCAGACCCUUUCGUAAUCUAUUUGUCUCUUAACAUCAGACCCCAAACGGUUCUCGGUUUCUAUGUAGUUUUGUACUGUUUGCUUUAGAAGGCUCUGCCAGGCUGUGCGCUGGUCGAAGGCAACUGACUCAUCUCUGUAUUUCUGACACAUCCUUGGGAGUCACCAUGUUGGUUCAGUCGGUGAUAGAAUGAAUCGUGUUGCAGCAAGAUCACGUCUCCCGCUUUGCUCACCAUUGUCCUGUUGAUAAACAUUCCGCUUGUUGCCAGUAUUUAGCAAAUAUAUAUUUCACAGCACUUCGGUCCGCGUAAUUUCCUUUCUCCUCUUCGGUUAUUUCCUUUGGAUGAAUUCCUCCAUCAUGGGGAUAACUGGGUCGAAGGGCACAGCAAGGUUUUGGCUUUUUUUUUUUUUUUAAUUUAUUUUUUUAAGGUUUUGGCUUUGACCCGUAACACGGGAAAUCGGUUUAUUACAAAAUCUUAAUUGAACAUGUAUGGCACGCAACAUGUAAGCUCGGAUCCUGAGCGGCCCCAGAGGUAAGUGAGACCAGGCCUCUGCCCUUCGUCACUUAACAUUCAAGUGCAGAACAGAGAAGUGAACAAGAAAAAACACUUUGCAUGAAUUGGUAACACAAGAGCCGUCUGACCUGAGUCUUUAAGGGUGAGGAGCUCUCCAGGCAAUGGAGGGGAUGGCAUUCUAGGCUCAGUGAGUGGCAUAUGGAAAGGAGGUGUGUGAGGGCAUGGGGAUCUUAACAUGAGAAAAGCAUGUGAAUUUCGAAAGGCAUUCGGAGCAGAGUGGGUGGGGAGAGUCUUCUGGAACAUUGGCUCAAAACAACUAACAAGAGGGGCAUAUUCUCCCCAGGCUGUCCACAAGUUUUCUCUACUGUUACUUGAACCUCAUUGCAACCUUGGGGUCAUAAAACUUUCAAUGAAACUUUAACUUGUUUCUGGACUCCCACGAAAAGAGGGAAACGUUCUUCUGGCUUGAGAAGUAAAAGUGGAGAGACAAACACUUUCAUGUCUAAAUGAACAUUCAAUUAGUAUCCUAAGAAACGGUCGCUCAUCCAUUUUGCUGAAUAAGACAGAAUAGGGAGAAAAUAGGGAAGUUCACUGAAAACCCUAAAUAGCAAUGAUGUUGGUGUCUAAAUAAAGGAAAGUACAUUUGAAAAAGACAGUUGGCCCUAACAGCACAGCUGCGGCAAACCCACGACUGCUUCUGAGCUCUGGGCUUCCCCAAAGUGGAGGGAAAUGGUGGACCCCAAAGCAGAGAGACAUCUGUGACUGAGUCCCAACAUAUUAACUCUGUCACCUUGGGCAAGUUACUUGACAUCUCUGAGGCUCAGCUUCCUCAUCUGAAAGAGAAGAAUAAAAGUGGGGCUCACCUCCUCGGAUUAUCAUGAGGAUUUCAUAGGAUUGCCUCCACAACGCACACAGUGCAUGCCUAGCAGAGCAAACUCAAAUAAAUGGUGGUGACUAUUGUUAUUUUUUACCUUCUUCUUCUUAUUAGAUUGAACCUUUCCCAGUGAAGAAACUCAUGCUAUCUUGUCCGUGCCUCCUUGCUCUCCUGAGUCCCAGAAUCACAGAAUUUUAGGUGCAGGUAAAGGGCAGGAGACCCAGAGAGGCCCCGGGGCUGGUCCAAGAGGUAGAUCUCUUGAAUCCAAGUCUAUGGAUUUUUUUUCCCCAUCUCAAUAACAAUACAGACCAAUCCUAUGAUAACUGUAGUUAACAAUACUGUGCUGCAUAUUUGAAAGUUGCUACGAGAGAUUGAGUUGCUAAUAAGAUUUUUAAAGUUCUGAUGACACGCACAACGUUAUAACUGUGUGAGGUGAUAAAUGUCUUCACUAACUUUAUUGUGGUAAUCACUCUGGAAUAUAUUCGUGUAUAAAAUCACUAUUUUGCACACCUUAAACUUACAGAAUGUCAUCUAUCAAUUAUACCUCAAUAGAGCUGGAAAAAGAUACAGACCAACCCUGCCUCCAAGAGCAGAGAACACAGGUGGGCAUGCAAAAGAAAAAAAAAGAAAAAUCCAGAAGGAAGGUCUACAGGUGGAUGACUGAGGCAGGGAGGGGAGAUCUGCCCUCCAGAAUGCCGAGUUUAACAGAAUCAAGCCACUCACAAUGACCGGUGCAGCCUGGGUGGGGCAGCUUUUGGUGACAGCUGUUCUGUGACUUCAGUAUCUCUAAUGACGAUGGUCACCAGACAGAGGCUUCUCAGCCAGGAUCCCCAGGGUCAAAUCUAACAGCAGAAUCUGGGUGGUAGACAGAGCCUCCGCUGAGAAGGGCCACUGUCCAGGGAUGGCAAUCCACUGUGUCUGCAGUAUAUACAGGUCAGGUGAGCUUCCCAUCGUCUCUCUCCGAGAGUCUACCCCUGAGCACCCAGGGAGAGAAUUCACCUCUGGCCCCGCGAGGCCAACAACUGCACACGGGGACAUGGCAACUUGACUGAGAGGUCCACCUUGGGAACCACCUGAUCCCUAGAUGAUGUCUCAUUAAUGCCCUCC